UCGGGAAAUAAAACCGCUCGAUAAUCGAAGCUCAAUAACAUGUGUCACUUGUCAUGUGGUCGAUUGUAAACAAACUUUAAACAAUUAAAUGGUUUCUUUUUAAUUCUAAUUGGUUCCAUCGAAUAUGACAAGACGAAAUAACAAAAAGACUCCAAAUAUCAGUCUCGAAGACAUUGGAGGUUUAACAGCUCAAAUUGAGAAGAUUAAAAAUUUAAUUGAGUUUCCACUUCGUGAUGAUGCUCAUCCCCAAGCACAGGAGCUUUCAAAUGGGAUACUUUUAUAUGGACCUCCAGGUACUGGCAAAACGAUGACUAUGAAAGCUUUGACCGAAGCCUUAACACCUCGAGUUAAUUUUCUCAAUAUUUAUGGGGACAUGUUAUCCGAUAAUCCAACUAAAGAAGCUAAAGAAGCCCCUGAAAAAGGUACCAAAGGUGUUACUGAGGUUUCAUAUAAAUCCAAAUUGGAUCGGCUGUUUAAAAGAGCUCUUGAUUGUUACCCUAGUGUUAUUUUUAUCGAUGAUAUUCAUUUGUUUUGUUCUAGUAAGAAAACGCAAAGAAAAGAGAUAAACUUCUUUAGAAAUCUGAUAAGUUUUUUCGAUGACAAUCGUAGGUCUAAAAGAAUCGUGUUAAUUGCUGCUACAAAUCAAUUGGAUUCAGUGAAUCCUGGAUUAAGAAGACCAGGUCGUCUUGAAGAAGAGAUUGAAUUUCCAGUUCCAUCAUCAAAAGAUCGAGUUGACAUCAUGAACAACAUAUUCGCCAAGACUAAACAUUCAAUUCCUUCAGAAACUUUAACUUCGAUCGGUGAAAACACCUACAGCUACACAGGAGCGGAUUUGUCUCGUGUUUAUCGUGAAUCUUUGUAUCGAUGUCUCACCAGAGGAUCAGAUACAAUCAAUGAAGAUGAUCUCAAAAAGGCUGUUCGUCGGGUCAGACCAAGUGCAAUGAAAGAAAUUACCUUAGAAAUACCAAAGGUUUAUUGGUCUGAUGUCGGUGGAAUGAACGACGUUAAGCAGAGACUAAUGAAAGCCGUCGUUUGGCCUUUGAAACACGCCGAAGCCUUCGCUCGAAUUGGUUAUAAACAAUCAAAAGGUAUUUUAAUGUAUGGACCUCCAGGGUGUUCUAAGACAAUGAUUGGUAAAGCAUUAGCGACAGAAAGUCAGCUCAACUUCAUAGCUAUCAAGGGACCAGAACUUUUCGACAAAUAUGUCGGCGAAUCGGAAAAGGCAGUUCGUGAGAUAUUCAGAAAAGCCAAACAAGCGUCACCGUCAAUUUUAUUUUUCGAUGAAUUAGAUGCCUUAGCAUCAGAAAGAGGCGGUGGUACCAAUGGAUCUUCAGCUUGUACGGUUGGAGAUCGUGUCUUAGCUCAACUAUUAACUGAAAUUGAUGGAAUCGAAGAACUCGAUGGUGUUACAAUUGUCGCUGCCACAAAUAGACCGGAUAAAAUCGAUAUGGCCUUACGUCGACCUGGGCGACUUGAUGUACUCAUUUAUGUUCCUUUACCUGAUGAAGAAACUCGAAGAGAUAUUUUAAAGAUAAGAACAGGGAAGAUGGCGGUUUCUUCUGAAGUAAUUGAUGAAAUCGAUUAUCUUGGUAAAACUAAUCGUUAUUCUGGUGCUGAAAUUGUUGCUCUCUGUCAAGAAGCCGCUCUUGCUGCUUUAACGGAAAACAUCGACAUUGAAAAAGUUCAAAUGAAACAUUUUCACAGAGCUUUUCAAGUAGUCAAACCACGAACUACCUAUGAAACGAUAUCUUUUUAUAAACAAUUUGAAGAGAUCGAAGUUUAGAAACAAAAAGUUCAUUGAACGUUUUCAGUUUAUCCUCAAAUUUUAUUCUAAAUACGUUCUCAUUAACUUUAUUCUAACAAUUAACCAUUUACACGUUGCAGUCAAACUUAUUUUGAUAAAUUUUGCUUUAAUUUUCCAUCAAUUGUGAUAAAUUCAAAUUAACAAAAAGUUGACCAAUUGUUGAUAUGAUGUAAUUAUAGUUUUUCUCAAUAUAAUGAAUUGCAAAGUGGAGAUAGAAAA